AACAAUAUUUUCUCAAUUUUGUUUUACCAUUUUUCCUGAUGAAAUUCAUAAUGAACCCAUGAAGUUACAUUUUAUCAAUUCAAUUGAUCAUAGAAGUGCUUACGCGUGAUAAUAAGUCUUAUUAAAAUUGUAUGUGAAAAUCAGUUCAUUACUCUUUGUUAUUUUUGGUAAACUAUUUUUGUCCGCUCUAGUUUCGGUGCAUGGGAAUCGCAUACAAGAUUGGAAUAUAUUUUGUCGUCCAGGCAAUAAUGUCUUCCUGCAAGAUUUCGAUCCUAUGCGUUCCGCUAGUGUGAUGGUGAUGAGUUCGUGCGCUGGAAUGGGGGAUGCGGUGCUGCGGGAGCGGCUUCCGGCGCUGUGGCGUCGCAUCGAAGAUGCGCACUACAGCUACCUCGAAAUGGACGACAGCCCGGAAAAACUUCAGCAGAAGAAGACGCUUGAAGGCUACAUCCUAGAGUACCUCACGUUAGUCCCGCACGAGUGCAAGUUUGGGCUCGUGGAAACGGGCAAGGUGUUUCAGCGAACGAUCAACGAGCUGUCGGAUUAUAGCGCGUACCGAGCGGGAAUAGGCUGGGCGGCAAUCGCUAGGUACGCGGGAAACCUCCUUGUGCAACCGUGGAGGAAGGAAUAUAGAGUUAUAAGGUUAUACUCCGGCUUCUACAAACACGAAGUGGAAGCCAAUAUGGUUGGCGCGGAGACAUUGCUGCAAGCGAUGGGAUACCGCGCCAUCGGGUCCGGUCGCCUGUCUCUCGAAGGGCCCGUUUGUCCGGACAUGGCGGCUGCUAUAUCACGAGACGCACUCAUUGCUCACUGUGAAUGUCAGAUAAUGGCGCAAAUCUGGGAAACCGUAUGGGGAAACGGCGUGCGAGUGUCGUGGGCUAACGUGGCAAGAGAUCGCGCGAUGUACGUCCACACGGUCGCGGCUGCGGCGGCUAGAUUAUCUGGAUAUAAUGAAGAUGCAGAGAUUUACUCAAAUGUACCAGCAACGACGUCUGACCAACAGCGGAGGCCACUAGAAACCCAAUUUCCAGUGAAUACACAAUGCAACUGCACAGACCAGCCCUUAGAGGAACCCGUUCAACCCGUAAUAAACCCAUACAUGAUGAAUUUAGUCUCGCCACAUUCGAUGUACCCGAUGCAGCAUAUAAAUCCAGACAUACCCGUAACAGUUCCGCAAUGCAACCCAGUUCCAAUGAUGACCCCGUAUGGAGCUGUACCUUAUUACUACCCUGUUCAAGCUCCAUACAUGAUACCUACUCCAGUUUACGCUCCAAUCAAACACGCGACAAAUAUACCUGUAAACGGUUAUCCUCCGAUGUCUCAAUAUAAUAGGUACCCAUCAGUACCAACGGGACAGUUAAUAGAACUAGAAGCUCCGUCGUUAUAUGAAAAUGGGAAAUUCGAACGGCAUGCAGAUGAAAGAAGCCACAGAAGAAGCAAAGCGGAAACUUCAAAGCGACCAAAAUCUAGCUACAGUGAUGUUUCCUUACCUAGUCUACCCAGAUCUGAUACACAACCAGCAUUAAGUAAAGCUAAAGAAGACGGUAUGGGUACUUACGAGAGUUGGGACUAUGUUUUUAGAAAUCUAUCCAGCAAAGACCACGAUGGUGACAGUAGGAGUGGAUUCUCGCAAUCAUUAGACAGAGAUUCAAGGACAUUGGACAGGUUAGAAAGAGAAGAACGGAGGUCGAAAUAUCAGCCUACUACACUCGACUUGGAAGAUGGUCUCCAAGCUUUACAUCUCGAUCGAACGUACGAUGAAGAUGUUUAUAGAACAGCGAAAGUUAACGAGAAUUUGAUGAGGCUAAAACUGGAGCAAGAAUCGAAAAGAGCGAGGCAACAAGCGAAAAAGCAAAUCGAGGAAAAGAGACCGAAGAAAACAAUAGAAUCCAUAGGCAACCCAAAAUCGGAUGGUCUAAUCACACCUAAAAUAGCUCCAGACAAAGUUAAACUUUUGUCGAAGAAGGAGGUAAAAGAUAGGAAAGAUGUGAUUAAGCAGCAGAAUUCUGUAAAUGGUAGCGUUUCGAGUACGAUAGAGGUGAAAAAGAUUAAGAAGCCAAUGAAGCUAGUUGCGGUUGAAGGGGAGAAAACGAAGAACAAACCAGUAGAGAAUGGAGUGCACAAGUCAAAUUCGAACUCGCACAGUUCGAAGAACACCGGAGCGCCGAGCGGGCAACAGACUGACAGAAAUUACGAUUUGAAGGCCCAACUAGUUGUCUCACUCGACGAGCCCGACUACACCCGAUCACUCCCGAAGCAGAACGGCGAGCGCGAGCAUACAUCAAACCGAACGAGCGCCGAAAGGCAUGUGAACGAAAACGACACGAAGAGAGACAAGUGGCAGUGCGGUACGUGCACAUAUUUGAAUAAAAACACUUUAGUCGCGUGCGAAAUGUGCGGGAAAUCGAAAAGGGGGCCUGAAAUCGAACCCCUAACUUCAGGGGGUAGAGAAUGCCCCGCUUGUACGUUGGUCAACAAAAGGGAAGCUCGGGCUUGUGAUGCCUGCGGGACAAGCUUGGAACAUUGCCCGACGUACAUUUAAACUGUCUUAACUCAUAAGCUAGAUAAGAAUCUAUAUAUUUUGAAUGGCCUUAUUCACAAACAUUACUCUUUGUUCAAUUUGUGCGUUUAGAUUUAGACAUCGUGCAACGUGUGACGCAAUAGCUUUUUUGUUUAAUAAUAUUUUUUUCAAGCUUGAGGAUUGUGAAUCCCUUGAUCUCUGCGGUACGAAAUCCUGUGUGUAGUUCUUUUUAGGGACUUAAGUACAGGUUAGCUCAGUGCUUUACAAAAUGUUAACUAAACAAACAUGUUUCUAAACUACAAUAUUGUUAUACAAACAAACAACAUAGUAUCGAAACGGUUGGCAAAAAGUGACUGACAGAGACUGCGAGUAAGAUAUUCUAUCUUCAACACUUCUUUCCAAAGACAGAUUCAUCAUUUACUGACACAUUCAUCUUCAUUUUAUUAAUAUUUCAGAGUAAUCUUCUCUCACAAAAGAGAGGGGUCUAGAAAGUUGCACAAAAGUUUUAUUAUUUAGGAACACAUUAAAAAGGGCUUAUUUUGUAAUUUUUAAGGAAGUGAAUCACGUUGAAGUUUGUCAGCAAUAAAUAAUUUGCAUAGCCUAUAUAGAGCAGAUUUUACCAAUAUCAUUAAUAAAAAUGUCUGUCAGUAAUGUUUGUGAAUUUGUGUAAUAGCAUUGGUGAUUAAUGAGCACUAUAGUAUCGCAUUUUAACAAAUCCUAGUGUUCGAUUGUGGUAUCAAAAGUUUAUCUUACGCGAUCGCCUCGAUGCUACAACUAGUUUUGGCGACCUUGCAUUUUAUCGUAGGAUCGAAAUCGCGUUUUCUUGACAUCCAUAUAUAUCUGGCGGUUACAAAUGCACUGUGAGGGAGAAAACACACUUUUAAGCAUCGAUUCGCAUAGCGCUUAGGGUGGUUUCAACGAUACACGCGUACUGAUACACGUUGUGAGGCAAUGGCUGAUAUAGUCUGCUAUCGCAAGCGUUCAGCAUGAUAUGAUAGAGAGCUAAAUCACUGGGAAAGUUGACAGAGUUAAAAUAGUGUGUAAGAAGUCCUGUGGAUUUAGUUUCGGUUUUAUUGUUGAAUUAUUUGCGUUAAGCCAAGUUGCAAUAAUGCUUUCUCAUACUUUGGCGUUAAAAGCUGAGUAUAAGAACAAAAAUUGAAUAGAAAAUGCUACGCUUCUACGAUUUUUAAAUACAAAGAUACGAGUUCCAAAUCCUCGUCAAGAAAAUUGCGAGUCGAUGCCGACAAAUAUGAUUUCACCCCAAUAGUGUCUAGUCUGCCGAGGCUCUAAUUUGUAAC